AUAUCGUACAUAUUGUCUUUCUUAUCGAAGCUUAUCAUCCGACAAGCCGCUGGGAAGACCAAGAGAUAAGCCCGUCGAUAAGCCUGAUAAGAACGAGGGCAUCAGUAUUUAUACCUGCCUUAGACUCCACCCACAUACUAAGGGACUGGUAAUACAGCCUCAACGAUGUUUUGAGUCGGCGGUAUUGGAAUCUGUUCCGCGGAGGCUUGAGUGUGCCACAUUGAUAAGAAAUUCCCCCGCGCGGCGUCAACCGUUACUCAUACAUACAUCGAACAAUAUCACUUUUCGAAAAUGGAGGGAAACAUCGCUCAACAAGAGUGCAAGCCUGCGUCGACGGGCGUCGAUAAAGAUGAUCUAGUUAUUCCUCUUAUCGAUUUCGAGCCCUUCCGGGCUGGGAGGCCUGCCGAGAAACAUGCAGUCGCCAUUUCCAUCCUCAAUGCCUUCAAGUCGUCAGGAUUCCUUUAUCUCAAAAACCACGGAAUUCCACCCUCGGUCGUCUCAAAGGUCUUUGGUGAUUCAGCACGCUUUUUCGCUCGCCCGCAGGAGCAGAAGGACAGCCUAGGCUGGACAACCCCGCAGUCCAACCGUGGAUAUGUGGCUCGUGGUCGUGAGAAGGUUUCUCUACCAGAUGUCGAAGCUUCAAGUGUCGAGGCUAUGCGCGCUGCUAUCCCAGACUUGAAGGAAACUAUGGAGAUCGGCUGCGAAGGGAAAGAAGGGUACCCUAAUCGCUGGCCGGACCAGUUGGACGAGGAGGGCAAAGAGUUCAAGCAGACGAUGCUCGAUUUCUUUGAGACCUGCAAGGACCUACAUAUGCAGAUCAUGCGUGCUAUAGCUAUAGGAAUGUCACUGCCGGAGCACUUCUUCGACGAGUUCACCGAUGGCGGAGACAACAACCUUCGUCUUCUGCAUUACCCGCCUAUUCCUAAGGAUGUCUUCAAGAAUAACCCGGGGCAGGUCCGCGCUGGUGAACACAGCGACUAUGGGUCUCUUACACUUCUUUUCCAGGACUCGCGGGGCGGUCUGCAAGUGCGCAGUCCAAAUAAUACAUUUGUAGAUGCCGUCCCAAUCCCUGACACCAUUGUUGUUAAUGCCGGUGACCUGCUGGCCAGGUGGUCCAACGACAUCAUCAAAAGCACCCGCCAUCGGGUCGUUGAGCCGACUUCUACAGUCGAAGAAGACGACAAGUCGAAUAUGUAUCCUGCGCGAUAUAGCGUUGCGUACUUUUGCAACCCCAACAUGGACAAGUUUAUCGACGCUCUGCCAGGAACUUAUGGUGACGAGAUCGGUGUCCCCAAGAAGUAUGAGGGGAUUAAAUCAGGGAACUAUCUUGUGCAGAGGUUGACUGCGACAUACUAGUAGAUAUUAUAUUCCCUUUAGCGCAUCUGGUCCAGUCAUGUCUUUUAUUUUUACUAUGUUAAUGUAUAUGAUAUCCUCUUUAUCUUCUAUUUUCAAUGUAAUUCAUAGAAGUUUUGUGUCUGAUGUUCCGUAA